CUCGGCUCCGCCCAACGGUAGAGUAAAGGGGGUGGGUUGCAACACUGAGCUGCCGCGCUGGAGUGGUGGGCGCUGAGGUCCCAACUAAGGGUUCGCGAGGUUCCUCCGCAGCCCAGACAUGGGGAGUGGAAGUAUGUAGCUCUUAAGUUAUUCAUCUCUCGGGGGCCGACGCACAGCCUAAGAGCCCCUUGCCACACCAUGUGCCCUGUCAUGGGACUGCAUGCACUGGGAAGACGAGGUGCCUUUUUCUAAUUCUCACAAGAACCCCCAGGAAACUCCCUUUGCUCCCUUUGAAGUCCAUAUGGCUCUGUAUGAUGAAGAUCUCCUGAAAAAUCCUUUCUAUCUGGCCCUGCAGAAGUGGCGUCCAGACUUGUGCAGCAAGGUGGCCCAAAUGCACGGCAUUGUCUUAGUGCCCUGCAGAGGAAGCCUGUCCAGCAGUGUUCAGUCCACCUGUCAGUUCGAGUCCUACAUUUUGAUACCUGUGGAAGGACAUUUUCAGACCUUAAAUGGAAAGGAUGUGUCUAUACAAGGAAACAGGGUUAAAUUAGGAGCUGGUUUUGCCUGUCUUCUCUCAGUGCCCAUCCUCUUUGAAGAAACUUUCUACAAUGAAAAAGAAGAAAGCUUCAGCAUCCUGUGUAUAGCUCAUCCUUUGGAAAAGAGAGAGAGUUCAGAAGAGCCUUCAGCCCCCUCAGAUCCUUUUACACUGAAAACCAUAGAAGAUGUGAGAGAAUUUUUGGGAAGACACUCUGAGAAAUUUGACAGGAACAUCGCCGCUUUCCACCGAAUGUUCCGAGAAUGUGAAAGGAAGAGCCUCCGUCACCACAUAGACUCGGUGAAUGCCCUGUACACCAGAUGCCUCCAGCAGCUUCUGAGGGAUUCUCACCUGAAAGUGCUUGCUAAGCAGGAGGCCCAGAUGACCCUGAUGAAGCAGGCAGUGGAGAUGUAUGUCCAUCACCAUAUUUAUGAUCUCAUCUUUAAGUAUGUGGGGACCAUGGAGGCAAGUGAGGAUGCUGCCUUUAACAAAAUCACAAGAAGCCUUCAAGAUCUCCAGCAGAAAGAUAUUGGGGUGAAACCUGAGUUCAGCUUCAACAUCCCUCGUGCAAAGAGAGAGCUGGCUCAGCUGAACAAAUGCACCUCGCCCCAGCAGAAGCUCCUCUGCUUGCGAAAAGUGGUACAGCUCAUUACACAGUCUCCCAGCCAGAGAGUGAACUUGGAGACCAUGUGUACGGAUGAUCUUCUCUCAGUCCUGUUAUAUUUGCUGGUGAAAACGGAGAUCCCUAAUUGGAUGGCAAAUUUGAGUUACAUCAAAAACUUCAGAUUUAGCAGCUCAACAAAAGAUGAACUGGGAUACUGCCUGACCUCAAUUGAGGCUGCGAUCGAAUAUAUUCGGCAAGGAAGCCUUUCCAUUAAACCACCCGAGUCGGAGGGUUUUGAUGACAGACUGUUUCUUAAACAGAGGAUGAGCUUACUGUCUCAGAUGACCUCAACUCCUAUUGACUGCCUCUUUAAGCACAUUGCCUCAGGUAACCAGAAGGAAGUGGAAAGACUUCUGAGCCACGAAGACAACGACAAUGAUGCUGUCCAAAAGAUGUGUCACCCGCUAUGCUUCUGUGAUGACUGUGAGAAACUGGUCUCUGGGAGGCUGAAUGAUCCGUCUGUUGUCACUCCAUUCUCCAGAGAUGACAGGGGGCAUACGCCUCUUCAUGUGGCUGCUCUCUGUGGGCAGGCAUCCCUCAUCGACCUCCUGGUUUCCAAGGGUGCUGUGGUGAAUGCCAUGGACUAUCACGGCUCCACUCCGCUCCACCUGGCGUGUCAGAGGGGCUACCAGAGUGUGACGCUGCUGCUGCUGCACUACAAAGCCAGCCCCGAGGCACAGGACAACAACGGCAACACCCCACUGCACCUGGCCUGCACCUAUGGGCACGAAGAUUGUGUGAAGGCUUUGGUCUACUAUGAUGUGCAGUCCUGCAGACUAGAUAUCGGCAACGAGAAAGGAGAUACACCCCUUCACAUAGCUGCGCGCUGGGGUUACCAAGGCAUCAUAGAGACACUGCUGCAGAACGGGGCACCCACUGAGAUCCAGAACAGGCUGAAAGAGACAGCGCUCAAGUGUGCAUUAAACUCAAAGAUCCUGUCCAUACUGGAAGCCCAUCGUCUGUCCUUUCAAAGGCCAAAGCCUUCUGAGGUCCCUGCACUGUCCCCUCAACACUCUGAGGAUUCUAUCAGCCGCGGUUCCUCCACCUCCAGCUUCUCCUCCGUGUUGGCGAGCUCUAAACAAGAGGACCCCAAGAAGGACUACAGAGAGGUAGAAAAACUCUUAAGAGCAGUUGCCGAUGGAGACCUGGAGAUGGUGCGCUACCUUUUGGAGUGGACAGAGGAGGACCUGGAUGAAGUGGAGGAUGCUGUCAACGCAGUGGAUCUUGAAUUCUGUCAUCCCCUGUGCCAGUGCCCCAAAUGCGCUCCAGCUCAAAAGAAGCUGGCAAAGAUUCCUGCCAGUGGGCUGGGGGUGAACGUGACCAACCAGGACGGCUCCUCCCCAUUGCACAUCGCUGCUCUGCAUGGUCGUGAGGAUCUCGUCCCCCUCCUAUUGAAGCACGGUGCCAACCCGAGUGCCAGGAACACAAACCAAGCCAUGCCCCUCCACCUGGCCUGCCAGAAGGGCCACUUCCAGGUGGUGAAGUACCUGCUGGGUUCUAACACAAAACCCAAUAAAAAGGACGUACGUGGGAACACACCUCUCAUAUACGCCUGCUCUGGGGGCCAUCACGAGGUCGCAGCGCUGCUGUUGCAGCACGGGGCCUCCAUUAAUGCUUCUAACAAUAAGGGAAACACAGCCCUGCAUGAGGCCGUGACAGAAAAGCACGUCUUCGUAGUGGAGCUGCUUUUGCUUCACGGGGCAUCGGUGCACAUCCUGAACAAGCAGCAGCGCACAGCUAUCGACUGUGCAGAACAGAAUUCAAAAAUAAUGGAGUUGCUUGAAGUGGUACCAAGUUGUGUUGCCUCAUUAGAUGAUGCUGCUGAAACAGACCACAAGGAGUAUGUGACUGUCAAGAUCAGGAAAAAGUGGAACUCAAAAAUGUAUGAUCUACCAGAUGAGCCUUUUACAAGACAGUUUUACUUUGUUCACUCAGUUGGCCCAUUUAAGGGAAGGACUUCAAGGGAGAUUAUAGCAAGAGGUAGAAGUGUCCCUAAUUUUACACAAGGUUGUUUGCAUGAGCCAGAGAGGCAAAGAGGCAGACAGAACCAGUCACUGCCAGAGCAGAGCAGACUGCGGACAGCUGAUGAGGGAAGCAAUGACCUGCCCAAGGAGAGGCCCAGAGGGCAGCAGUUGGCCCCUGGGAACCGGCAAAUGCUCCGCAGGCACACGGUUGGCAACGUGCUCAUGGCCAAGGACCCAGAGACUGCUGGCAGCCUAACCCCCUUCCAGGAGGCUACUAUCUCCCAGCCUCAACAGUAAUGGGGUUAAGUUUGCUGCCAGCAGGUGAGCAUGCCAGGUGACACUCAGCAUGAAUACAGCUUGCACCUAAGUAUACUUUAAAUAACUGGUUUAGUGACUCUGUCUUCAGAAGGUUCCCAGAAGCUUUUCUGUGGCUAAAAGUGAAUGCAACAAAAACUUUUCACCAUCUCUUCUUCAAAGCUAAUGAAUACACUUGAAAAGGAAUGGACAGAAAUUUGGUAAGUGUCCAGCUCCUUCAUCUGAGGUGUGUGUUUCUAAGUAUUAGAAUUUCCUGGCUACAGGCAGAGGGUUCACUGUCAGAUUCUGAUCUUCUGCGAGGUGCUCAUCUCUGUGAUAAAUUAGCAAACCAUAGGCCAAGAGAAUCCUUUCAUCUGGGAUAAGUUGAAGAGAAGCAACUUAGGUUUCAUGGUACUAUGGAGGCCAGGCAGAAAAUGUCACAUUGAAACGAAGACAAGUGGAACCCAGAAAAUGUUCCUUUGCAAAGUAGCACUUGAACAAAAAGAUGCCUAAGUGCCAUUCUGAUGUUCAUCUUAGUGAGUACAUGGAAGAGCUGCCCUACGCUGUGCGUAUGGAGAAAGCUGGGUAUAGUUUUUCUUCCGACAGACAUGUGGCCACUGCAUGUAUGCACCUAGAGCAGUGUUCCCAGAAAUGUACCUUUCCGGUAAGCACCUCCUCCCUCAAGGGCAGAGGACAGUGGUCAGCAGCAGAGUACUUGCCUAGGACAAGUAAGGCCCUGGGUUUGAUCCCCUGCACCACCAAAACAAUAAAAUAAAAUUAAAAAAGAACCUCUUAAAGGUCAUGCCUGAUGACUGGAUGGUUACUAGAGAGUAGGUUUGGCACAUCUUUCCUUAGUCUUUUGAUUCAAAUUCAAAACUUACAGCACAAACCAGGUCAAUAUUUAAGUUAGAAUUUUUUGCCGUGUAUUACGUUUUAUAAAUUUCUAUAGAUUAUACUGUUAUUUUUUUAUGUUACUGGCCUAGAGCUACAAUCCUUGGUACAUUUUCAAAUAACUUUGUAAUAGGGAAAUGGUUUUGUGCACGUUCUUGGAAAUACUUGUGUACGUAUAGAAGGGAGGGAUUCGUUAUUUUUCUACAAAAUAAUUUAUGAUUUCUAAUUUUCUAAUGUGCCUUGGGUAUGUGCCAAACGAUGGAAAAGACACAGUAAACUUUAUGAUUCUUGAGUGUGUCAUGGUAUGCUUUAAUGUUUUCUCAUGGAGAACGGCUUCUGUCUGCUGUGAACUGCUGUGUGUGAAAAAACGGUCCCUAGUAGGUGGAUGGGGAUGAUGUGUGAAGAUCUUUUAAAGAAACAAGAUUGUUAUAAAGUUUUGUUCAUGGAUUUUGAAAAAAAUCCCAAUUAUGGGUAAAUCUUGCCAUUGGCUUUAUAGUGCUGAGGGCACAAAAUAAUUUGAGGGGUUUACUUUCUUUUAAAACUAUAAGGGUAACUGUAAUACAGCUUCUUAAUACAAAGUAAGCACUGUUGCUUUAUUUCUUUUUCUUUGUUCUAAUUUC